AUGGGCGGAGUGGAGAGUCAUCUCUAUCAAUUGUCUCAGAGACUAAUUCAACGAGGUCACAAGGUCAUAAUUAUAACACAUUCGUAUGGCAACCGCACAGGUGUCCGAUAUCUUACCAACGGAUUAAAAGUAUACUAUGUACCAAUUAUGGUUGUCUACUCGGAAGCUACUCUUCCAACUAUUUAUGGAUUCUUUCCAAUUUUCCGGAAUAUAGUAAUACGUGAGGAGAUAAACAUCGUACACGGACAUCAAGCCUUUUCGUCAUUAUGCCAUGAAGCAAUUUUGCAUGCAAGGACAAUGGGAAUGAAGGCGUGCUUUACAGACCAUAGUCUAUUUGGCUUUGCCGAUGCUAGCAGUAUCUUAACAAACAAGUUGUUGAAAUGGACAUUGAGUGACAUAGACCACGUUAUUUGUGUGAGUCAUACAAGUAAAGAAAAUACAGUCCUGAGAGCAGCACUAAACCCACAAAUGGUGUCAGUUAUACCGAAUGCUGUUGUAGCAUCUCAAUUUAAACCCGAUCCGGCGGCACAAGAUCAGAAUUUCAUUACAAUAGUGGUUGCUAGCCGUUUAGUUUACAGAAAGGGCAUGGAUCUAUUGGUUGCUGCAAUCCCAAGAAUCUGUCACGAAAAUCCUAAAGUCCGUUUUAUUAUCGGUGGCGAUGGACCAAAAAGGAUUGACCUGGAGCAAAUGAGAGAAAAGUAUUUGUUACAUGACAGAGUAGAACUUCUUGGGACUGUUAUGCAGCACGAAGUGAGAAAUGUAUUGACAAAGGGCCACAUAUUCCUGAAUACCAGUUUGACUGAAGCCUUUUGCAUCGGUAUAGUGGAGGCUGCAUGCUGCGGGCUGUUGGUAGUAAGUACAAAGGUAGGAGGAGUUCCAGAGGUGUUGCCUAGGCAUAUGGUUAUAUUUGCAAAGCCUGAAGAAGAUGAUUUAGUAAAAUCAGUGGCAAAUGCUAUUUCAAUGAUCAAAUUGAAGAAAGUUAUCCCCGCAAAAUUUCAUGAUGAGAUCAAAGAAAUGUAUAGUUGGGUAAAUGUUGCAGAGAGGACGGAGAAGGUUUAUAAUACAAUAUGGAAAAUGAAAAAUCCUCCGCUGAUUGAGAGAUUGAGAAGAUAUUAUGGUUGCGGUGUAUGGGCCGGGAAACUGUUCUGCAUUCUCAUAGCUUUGGAUUACCUCAUUUGGAAAUUUUUGGAAUGGGUUGCUCCUCGCGAAAGUAUUGAAAUUGCUCCUGCAUUCUCAUACAAGAAAUACAGAAAGAUGUGUCAAAUGGCUGAUAAAGAUGUUGAUGAUUCAUGA